CAGCGGAUGAUAAAUCCGCCGUGUUUCUCCAGCACUGCUCGGUUUUUAAGGAUAACAGUUCAGAGUUUGCCUCUAGCUUUUUCGGGGAAGGCGAGUCCGUUUGAAGUGGAAGCGCUGCAUGUGCGGUUUGUUGUUUGCAGGACGGUACUGGAUUCAACUUAAACGAACCCGCAGACAUUUUGUUAUUUUAUGAGAAGCAUUUUUUUCUCGUUUACCUUUUAACCCCCUCAAUCAGCUUGGUCUCAGCUGGGUGAGGAAGCCAAACUGAAAGCUGUCAAGCUCUCCGUUAGCUCGGCACAUUAACAACACUUUGAACGCGUCUCUGCCGCGUGCGCGUUAAAGCUCGCGACGCCGCGAUGAAUCAUUUUGACUGACAGCUUUUCAACAAUUUGCUAGCUUAGCUACUGGUGCUGUUUUCCCACUUCACAGGCACAGUAAAUACGGUGCUGGGACAAGUCCAGCUGAAUGGUCUGAUAUCAGCCAGACAACAGAUUGACUAUAACUGAGCUAACGACAGCAAAGUGCAUCACUUACCGUCUUUUUAUUUUGGGGGGUGGGUGGGGGGUUGCUAGCCGUCGUGCUAACGCUGGUCAGCUCCUGGAGGCUAGCUUUGGACAAAGGACCAACGCAGAGCAAAAACAUCAACACAAACCACCCAGUUUAUCGUGUUUGGAAAGGAGAGCAACACACAAGGAACUGACAUGAUGUUUCCACAAUCCAGACACUCAGCUUCAUCGCAACAGCUGAAAUUCACAACCUCUGACUCCUGCGACAGGAUCAAGGAUGAGUUCCAGUUUCUCCAAGCACAAUACCACAGUUUAAAGCUCGAGUGUGACAAGUUGGCCAGUGAGAAGUCGGAAAUGCAGCGCCAUUAUAUCAUGUACUAUGAGAUGUCCUACGGGCUCAAUAUUGAAAUGCACAAACAGGCUGAGAUCGUGAAGAGAUUGAACGGGAUCUGCGCACAAGUCCUCCCAUACCUUUCCCAAGAGCACCAGCAGCAGGUCCUGGCAGCCAUAGAGAGGGCCAAGCAGGUCACUCCCCCAGAGAUGAACUCCAUCAUAAGGCAGCUCCAGGCUCACCAGCUGUCUCAGCUCCAGGGUCUGGCGCUGCCCAUGACCCCCCUGCCGCUGGGCCUGAGUCAACCAACCCUCCCCGCCGUCACCACCUCCUCCGGCCUCUUUUCCCUCUCCUCCCUCCUGGCUUCCCAAGCCCAGCUGGCCAAGGAGGAGAAAACAUCACGUGACGGCGUCGACAGCCACCGCGAGGAUGACGGUGACAAGUCUGAUUAGAUGUUUGCGCUCCCGUUCUGCUCCAUUUUUAUCCAGAGACCUGAAUGAAUCACACAUUCAAGCUUCUCGGCCUCCAGCCCCUCCCUUACUCUAUUUAAUUUCACAUGGGCCUCAACCCCAUGGUCUUAGAUCCAGCUAACCUUCUCCCAACCCAUAUAAAGUCAGCC